AUGCCAGGUGUCACAAUACGCACUGCUGGCGCUGCCAUCCCGCCACAUGGCAGUGCGCUAGGUGGCAGCACAGGAGCUGACGCCAGGGGCGCUAGGCCUCCACGUGGCAUCCCUCCUGGCAUGCCACGUGGCGGCCUCACAGGCCCCCCACAGGGGAAGCCAACAACAGGAGCAGCCAUGGGCAUGCGACCAGCAGCAGCAGAAGCAGCAGCAGCAGCAGCAGCAGCAGCAGCAGCAGCAGCAGCAGCAGCAGCAGCAGCAGCAGCAGCAGCAGCAGCAGCAGCAGCAGCAGCAGCAGCAGCAGCAGCAUCAGCAGCAGCAGCCAGUGGUGACGGGCUGGCAUCACAGCUGACCUCAGCAGCAGCAGCCAGAGCAAUCAACGCAGCAACUGCACCUCCUGUCUCCCCCUCUUCACCCCCCCUUCUUGAUUCACCCUCUCUCAACCCACCUUCUCUCAACCCACCCUCACUCCUCAACCCUUCCUUUUUCUCAGCUGCACCCUCGCCUUGUGCUGCUCCCCUCUCCCUACUCAUCUCCCCGCCUUCUCUCAUCUCCCCGCCUUCUCUCAUCUCCCCGCCUUCUCUCAUCUCCCCGCCUUCUCUCACCUCCCCACCUCCUCUCAUCUCCACAGCCCACAUCCGAUCGUCCCCACUACCGCACCCUCCACUGCCCCCCCUCUCAGUUUCCCCCCGCCCCUCGCCAGUUACUCUCCCACCUCCUCUCAUCUCCGCACCACCUGUCAUCUCUCCACUUCCUCUCAUCCCCUCCUCUUCUCUCUCCACCUCUCCCCUCCUCUCCCGAUCCUCCCCUCCCUCCUCCCGAGGUCGAACCUGA